CAGCGGAAUCCUUACGCUUAUUUUUAUUUGAAAAAAAAAAGAAUGUAUAUGUCUUCCCAGAGAAUAUUUUGUAAUAUGUAUUUUAAUUUACAGUAAUUGCUUUAUGCAGAUAUAUAUAUGUGUAUCAAUGACUGUGGACCUUUUUAUGUGAACGUUGUUUUUUCCGCGUUUGGACCGCAGUUAAGCCUUAUACUUGCUAGUUGUUAUGCGGUGGGUAGCUACCAUAGUUAGCGUUAGCUAGCUACUUUAGGUGUGAUAAUUAGCCAGCUAGCUAUUUUAGUAUAGCUAGGUAAAUUACAAAAAUUCUUUAGAGACAAAUAGAAUAGUAAUAGUAAUAGGGAUUGUGGUGUUCUUGACGUUUUCGCGAAAGUAAAGUUAGCUAUACGAGACAAGGUGAAUGUUUUAUUAUCUAACGUUCAUCCUGCUUUUGUCAGCGGAGUGAUGUGAACACAAAUAGCUAACUAGCCAAGCUAGCUGCACAGGCCUGUGAGGCACUCAUAUGCGGACAUUUACGUAAAUAAAAAUAACAUUUGUUGGUGGCGUCAUCCUUUGUGCUUCAUAACUAGCUUUAGGCGCAUGUUCAGACGUCGUAGCAUAUCAGCCUUGAGUUCUAAUUUCACUUCAGUAGGUAAUGUGAUUUUCUUUCCUAAUGGUGAUUAAGUCUGGUGGCCAAAUACAUGAUGGACAAUACAGGUGUAUACUUCAGGAUAUUCGUUAUGAAUAUUUAGGCGUAAAUUGCAGUGCCAUUUAGAUGCGGAUAACCCACUCAGAACGCGUGACGCAUCACGGUUGGACCAGGUAGAACGAUUGGACCAUGGGCGAGAAAAAACCGGAGCCGCUGGAUUUCGUGCGAGACUUUCAGGAAUAUCUCAAUCAGCAAACGCAUCACGUUAACAUGAUUUCAGGUCCUGUUGAUCCCGAUAAAGAGACCGACAAUCUACAGGAGGACAUGUGUGAAGGGGGCGAGGUUGUGCUUGGACACGCCUCCAUAGAGGUGGCGCUGGACGAUGGGACCGGUGCCCUGGUGGACGGCUUUAAAAGGACGGAUGACGGAAAACUAAAGUGCCAUUACUGCGAUUAUGCCAGCCGGGGUGUAGCGAGACUUGUCGAACACAUCCGCAUACAUACGGGUGAGAAACCCCACCGAUGCCACCUGUGCCCAUUUGCGUCUGCAUACGAGCGCCACCUGGAGGCACACAUGCGCUCUCACACGGGAGAGAAGCCCUACAAAUGUGAGCUGUGUUCCUUCCGCUGCAGUGACCGUAGUAACUUGUCACAUCAUCGCCGACGGCGACACAAGGUCCUCCCAAUGAAGGGUGCCCACCCCACUCUGGCCAAUAAGAAGAUGCAGAGCAUCCUACAGAAACCCACUCACAGCCACAGGCUGCAAGGUAGCCUCAGCCCACCUUCCAUCGUGGUGCAGAAACCGGACUAUGUGAAUGGCUUUUCUUCUGAAGUGCCCUGCCUGCAAAUCGAGGCAUAUGAUGGCCUGGUCAAAGCACACAGGAGUGCAGUGACCAGAGAUGCCCAGCCCUUACUCUUGGACAAUCCUCUAGAAGAGCUCUCCACGCUGGCUGGCCAACUAGCCAGCCUGCCCUCCCAUGACCACCAACCUCCUACCUUGCUGGAGCCUGGUGCAGCCUCCUCCAGCAGGGAGGAGAAACCCGUACUCAUCUCACAGGUUCCCAGCUGUCCAUCUCCACCAGGGUCUGCUGACAUAGGUCCUCCCCCCUCAACCUUCACUCCGAACUUACAUGGUCGCUUCUCCCCGCGCAGAGUCCUGAGCCCCUCGGUCGGUUUCUGUAGCGAGCGCAGCGCCCCUGGGGCCAGCAGCUGGUCAGGCAUGCCAGCACCUGCAUCAUCGGGGAUUUCUGUACACACUUCCACGCGGGAUGGCCCGCAGACACUCUACACGUGCCCACACUGCAGUAUGUACUUCGCAGACAACAUCCUCUACACCAUACAUAUGGGUUGCCAUGGAUACGAAAAUCCAUUUCAGUGCAACAUGUGUGGGUACAAGUGCAGGGACAAGUACGACUUUGCAUGCCAUUUUGCACAAGGUCAGCACCAGCAGUGACUAUGGAGGUUUGGGUGGAGGUAUGGGUGUAGGUUGAUCUCACCUUGAAAUGUAUGUUGGAUGGUCGGGUGGAAGGUGAUAGAGAUGCUGAAUCUUCUGGCUUGUAAUGAUCUUUCUCAAAUUUUAAAAAUAAUUCCUGAUAUGUGGGGUUUUCAAAGCUACCAUAUGAAGUAAGAUAUGUCUUAAAAGACUAAUAAGAUACAGGACUAGUGUUUCCACAAAGCCAUUUACGCAACCUUUAUUUAGCUUAUUUUUAAUGAAAUGCUAUUGUCAGGUACUACCUUGGACUAAAGUUGCAGUUAAGAGGUCAUAUGGAGGUAUAAUUUCAGUUUCUCAUAGAAUUAUAAAAUGGAUGGCAACAAAUACUAUUGUAAAAGUUCAAAAGAUACAGGAACAACUAAUUUGGUUAUUUCUUUUUGUUACAUUUAUUUUAGAAGGCUCUUCAGUCGUAUGUACACAUAUCUAAUCUCUUAUUAGCUACUUAGGAACACAUACCUUGCAAAUACACACACACACACACACACACACACACACACACACACACACACACACACAUUCUAGUUGAUUGUGUGUGUAGAAGAUAUGUGUAGUGUGUCACCUACCCUUCAUGCUGUUCAACACUGACCUGUGGUUUUUAAGGAGAUGGUGACUAAAUACAAGGUAGGUGUUCCUAAUAAAGUGGCAAAUGAGUGCAUACAUACAUGUGUGUAUGUCCUACUGUAGUGUCAUAAGUAGGUGCAAUGCUCCUUCCAGUAACUUUUCAUUUGACAGCCGUGUGGUGCUGGCUGACUCUGGCUAGUUCUGAUUCUUGUGUGUGCUCCAUGCAUUUGUGAUAGGUGUGUCUUCUGAACCUUAAUCUGGAUCUUCAAAGGAGUGCAGUGCAUUGAACUGUCAUGAGUAGUACUUACAGACAUGAGUACAUUUAUAUCAGUACCUUUCUUUAGGGUUGGUACUUAAUAGAGAUAUUUGGCCUUGGGAAAGUAGCCGUUGUGGGAAAAAAAAUGCUCUAAAUAUGUGUGAUUUAAGCUACAUAACCCUGUAAAUGUAGCCAGCUUUUAAAAUGGUAUUUAGAUUUGUGCUGUCUUAAUAGUUUUUUAUUUAUUUAUUUUUUAAUAACAUUGUAAGAAUUUGUACUGCUGGUGCCUGUGAGUAAUAUUGGUACAUUCAAUAAGCUACCUCGCUAGAUCCCAGUACAGUUACAAAGAUUUUCACAACGUGUGGCAUUUUAUGUAGGCUGAGCUUUGCAGGUUUUUAUAAAUUACAAAACUCACUCUCCAAACCUUUCACCUUGACCUUUUGCACUCCAUUACAGUCCUGUUGUGUUAGAUCUUUUUAAAGCUAAAAAGAAAAAGUCAGGUUUCAGAACUGGAGCAAGAGGCUUUUGGUUAAUAGCAGGACAAGAUGGCGACCAGCAGAACAUGCCAUUUGUAUGUCUACCAAGAUCUUUGUACCAUCCUCUUGGCAUGUUGUGGGUGAAGUACAAAAGUACAGUAUUAACACUUUUUUAACAAGAGGAUAUACUACUAAGUUGAAUCAAUAUUGCUGUUCUUUAAUGAUUAGAAUGCCGCCAGAACAAAAACAUUUGAAUGUGUCUGUUUUGAGCGCUGAAAUUAGAAACACCAUCUAUAAUCAUACUUUUGAAAUCCCUUUUUUAAUGUAGUGUAAUUUUGUGUCGUCACGUUGAUUACAGUGUAAUUAUUUAUGUUGCAUAUCUCUAGCCCUGCUCCUCGAAGCCCAGCUCAAGUAUACUGUGAUUUGCUGGACUAAUUGUGCUGUGAAGAAUAAUUUGAUCAGGUGACUAAAUCAGAUUUAUUAGAACCAGUGCUUAUCUUUUAAAUAAAUCAAAAUAUAAAUUUUAAGCAUGCAGAUCUCAAGCCUGUUGCCCUAAUGUUUGCCCCUUUUUUGAAGGGAAGAAAUGCAAUUUCUAAGUCUUAUUGCUAGUUCAAAAUGCCAGUCUGCUGGACAUGGAUGUUUCAGUUACAGUGUAAUAAGCAUCCACUCCUGGAUUUUGUAAUGAUGAAGAGUAGCUUAUUGAAUAUUUAUGUAACUGGUUGGCCACAUCGUACCUUCUUAAUGGAGUGGAAAAUUAAGUACCUCAAAGAAUUAAAAUGGUAAAGGAUGCAAAUCUGCUUUCUGUGGCAGCUCACACUCUAGUCAUUGUUGAGCUUUUGUUCAAAUUUGCAAGCUUCCCCUCCCGUUUAGAUAUUGUCAGAUGUAAUAUAAUUUUCAUGUAAACACUAAAAUUGGUUAGUUUGCAAACCCCACACCAAACCCAAAGGUGCAUAUACUUUCUAGUGUUCUUUUCUUUUAAUAGUUUUGAUCUAAGUAAUCAUGUUUUUUUUUUUUCUUCAAAAUUUACAUAUGCUAAUAUAUGGAACAUUUCCAAGUUGUACUCAAGUUAUUGUUUCUAUAUUUAGUUUAUCGUUAGUAAAAUAUCAUUUGAGGGCUUACACAUAAUUUAUUAUAUUCUACAAUAUUAUUUUUAUUAUUUACUUUUGUAUAUUUCGUAAAUAACUGAGGUUUAACAUUUUGUAAGUGUUUAUCAGGGAAGUCAAUAUUGCCAACUUUACAGAGUUUCUUACCAAAUCUUCUGAUUUCAGAACUCUGGCUUUAUAGAUAUGUUCUGUAAAUUGUUAGUGGGAUAAAAUUCUUUAAAAUAUAUUAGAAGAUGGAUUUAGAAUAGAAAUUCUUUUGGGGUUUGAUGGAUGCACUUGGAAACACCAUCAGGUGCAAAGUUGAUGUGUGAAGCUGGAAUAAAUGUUUCAUAUAAACCAA